AUGCUCCCGCAAUCCAUCACCCCGCCCCAUUCUCCCGCUUUCUAUCACCCCGCCCCAUUCUCCCGCUUUCCAUCACCCCGCCCCAUUCUCCCUCCUUCCAUCACCCCGCUUUAUUUUCCCUCCUUCCAUCACCCCCCACCAUUCUCCCGCCUUCCAUCACCCCGCCCCAUUCUUCCGCUUCCCAUCAUCCCGCCCCGUUCCCCCGCUUUCCAUCACCCCUCCCCAUUCUCCCUCCUUCCAUCACCCCGCUCCAUUCUCCGGCUUUCCAUCACCCGCCCCAUUCUCCUGCUUUCCAUCACCUCGCCCCAUUCUCCCGCUAUCCAUCACCCCGCCCCAUUCUCCCGCUUUCCAUCACUCCGCCCCAUUCUCCCGCUCUCCUUCACCCCUUCCCAUUCUCCCGCUUUCCAUCACCCCGCCCCAUUCUCCCACUUUCUAUCACCCCACCCCAUUCUCCCGCUUUCCAUCACCCCGCCCCAUUCUCCCGCUUUCCAUCACCCCGACCCAUUCUCCCACUUUCCAUCACCCCACCCAAUUCUCUCGAUUUCCGUCCCCCUGCCCCAUUCUCCCUCUUUCCGUCACCCCGCCCCAUUCUCCCGCUUUCCAUCAUCCCGCCCCAUUCCCCCGCUUUCCAUCACCCCACCCUAUUCUCCCUCUUUCCAUCACCCCGCCCCAUUCUCCCUCCUUCCAUCACCCCGCCCCAUUCUACCGCUUUCCAUCACCCCGCCACAUUCUUCCACUUUCCAUCACCCCGCCCCAUUCUCCCUCCUUUCAUCACCCCGCCCCAUUCUCCCUCCUUCCAUCACCCAGCCCCAUUCUCCCGCUUUCCAUCAGCCCGCUCCAUUCUCCCGCUUUCCAUCACCCCGCCCCAUUCUCCCGCUUUCCAUCACCCCGCCCCAUUCUCCCGCCCCAUUCUCCCGCUCUCCAUCACCUCGCCCCAUUCUCCCGCUUUCCAUCACCUCGCCCCAUUCUCACGUUUUCCAUCACCCCGCCCCAUUCACCCGCUUUCCAUCACCCCGCCCCAUUCUCCCACUUUCCAUCACCCCGCCCCAUUCUCCCGCUUUCCAUCACCCCGCCCCAUUCUCCCGCUUUCCAUCACCCCACCCCACUCCCGCUUUCCAUCACCCCGCCCCAUUCUCCCGCUUUCCAUCACCCCGCCCCAUUCUCCCGCUUUCCAUCACUCCACCCCAUUCUCCCGCUUUCCAUCACCCCGCCCCAUUCUCCCGCUUUCCAUCACCCCGCCCCAUUCUUCCUCCUUCCAUCACCCCGCCUCAUUCUCCCUCCUUCCAUCACCCCGCCCCAUUCUCCCGCUUUCCAUCACCCCGCCCCAUUCUCCCGCUUCCCAUCACCCCGCCCCAUUCUCCCGCUUUCCAUCACCCCACCCCAUUCUCCCGCAUUCCAUCACCCCGCCCCAUUCUCCCGCUUUCCAUAACCCCGCCCCAUUCUCCUGCUUUCCAUCACUCCGCCACAUUCUCCCACUUUCCAUCACCCCGCCCCAUUCUCCCUCCUUCCAUCACCCGCCCCAUUCUCCCUCCUUCCAUCACCCCACCCCAUUCUCCCUCCUACCAUCACCCCGCCCCAUUCUCCCGCUUUCCAUCAACAUGCCCCGUUCUCCCGCUUUCCAUCACCACGCCUCAUUCUCCCGCUUUCCAUCACCUCGCCCCAUACUCCCGCUUUCCAUCACCCCGCCCCAUUCUCCCGCUUUCCAUCACCCCGCCCCAUUCUCCCGCUUUCCAUCACCCCGCCCCAAUCUCCCUCCUUCCAUCACCCCGCCCCAUUCUCCCGCUUCCCAUCACCCCGCCCCAUUCUCCCGCUUUCCAUCACCCCACCCCAUUCUCCCGCAUUCCAUCACCCCGCCCCAUUCUCCCGCUUUCCAUAACCCCGCCCCAUUCUCCUGCUUUCCAUCACUCCGCCACAUUCUCCCACUUUCCAUCACCCCGCCCCAUUCUCCCUCCUUCCAUCACCCGCCCCAUUCUCCCUCCUUCCAUCACCCCACCCCAUUCUCCCUCCUACCAUCACCCCGCCCCAUUCUCCCGCUUUCCAUCAACAUGCCCCGUUCUCCCGCUUUCCAUCACCACGCCUCAUUCUCCCGCUUUCCAUCACCUCGCCCCAUACUCCCGCUUUCCAUCACCCCGCCCCAUUCUCCCGCUUUCCAUCACCCCGCCCCAUUCUCCCGCUUUCCAUCACCCCGCCCCAAUCUCCCUCCUUCCAUCACCCCGCCCCAUUCUCCCGCUUUCCAUGACCCCGCCCCAUUCUCCCGCAAUCCAUCACCCCGCCCCAUUCUCCCGCUUUCUAUCACCACGCCCCAUUCUCCCGCUUUCCAUCACCCCGCCCCAUUCUCCCUCCUUCCAUCACCCCGCUUUAUUUUCCCUCCUUCCAUCACCCCGCACCAUUCUCCCGCCUUCCAUCACCCCGCCCCAUUCUUCCGCUUCCCAUCAUCCCGCCCCGUUCCCACGCUUUCCAUCACCCCUCCCCAUUCUCCCUCCUUCCAUCACCCCGCUCCAUUCUCCGGCUUUCCAUCACCCGCCCCAUUCUCCUGCUUUCCAUCACCUCGCCCCAUUCUCCCGCUUUCCAUCACCCCGCCCCAUUCUUCUGCUUUCCAUCACCCCGCCCCAUUCUCCCGCUUUCCAUCACCCCGCACCAUUCACCCGCUUUCCAUCACCCGCCCCAUCUCCCGCUUUCCAUCACCCCGCCCCAUUCUCCGGCUCUCCAUCACCCCGCCCCAUUCUCCCGCUUUUCAUCACCCCACCCCAUUCUCCCGCUUUCCAACACCCCUCCCCAUUCUCCCGCUUUCCAUCACCCCGCCCCAUUCUCCCGCUUUCCAUCACCCCGCCCCAUUGUCCCGCUUUCCAUCACUCCGCCCCAUUCUCCCGCGUUCCAUCACUCCGCCCCAUUCUCCCGCUUUCCAUCACCCCGCCCCAUUCUCCCUCCUUCCAUCACCCUGCCUCAUUCUCCCUCCUUCCAUCACCCCGCCCCAUUCUCCCGCUUUCCAUCACCCAGCCCUAUUCUCCCGCUUUCCAUCACCCCGCCCCAUUUUCCCGCUUUCCAUCACCUCGCCCCAUUCUCCCGCUUUCCAUCACCCCGCCCCAUUCUCCCGCUUUCCAUCACCCCGCCCCAUUCUCCCUCCUUCCAUCACCCCGCCCCAUUCUCCCUCCUUCCAUCACCCCGCCCCAUUCUCCGCUUCCCAUAACCCCAGCCCCAUCUCCCGCUUUCCAUCACCCCGCCCUAUUCUCCCUCCUUCCAUCACCCCGCCCCAUUCUCCCGCUUUCCAUCACCCCGCCCAAUUCUCCCGCUUUCCAUCACCCCGCCCCAUUCUCCCGCUUUCCAUCACCCCGCCCCAUUCUCCCUCUUUCCAUCACCCCGCCCCAUUCUCCCUCCUUCCAUCACCCCGCCCCAUUCUCCGCUUCCCAUAACCCCAGCCCCAUCUCCCGCUUUCCAUCACCCCGCCACAUUCUCCCACUUUCCAUCACCCCGCCCCAUUCUCCCUCCUUCCAUCACCCCGCCCCAUUCUCCCUCCUUCCAUCACCCCGCCCCAUUCUCCCGCUUUCCAUCUCCCCGCCCCAUUCUCCCGCUUUCCAUCACCCUGCCCCAUUCUCCCGCUUUCCAUCACCCCGCCCCAUUCUUCCGCUUCCCAUCAUCCCGCCCCAUUCCCCCGCUUUCCAUCUCCCCUCCCCAUUCUCCCUCCUUCCAUCACCCCGCCCCAUUCUCCCGCUUUCCAUCACCCGCCCCAUUCUCCUGCUUUCCAUCACCUCGCCCCAUUCUCCCACUUUCCAUCACCCCGCCCCAUUCUUCUGCUUUCCAUCACCCCGCCCCAUUCUCCCGCUUUCCAUCACCCCACACCUUGCUUCCGCUUCCCAUCACCCCGCCCCUUUCUCCCACUUUCUAUCUCCCCGCCCCAUUCUCCCGCUUUCCAUCACCCCGCCCCAUUCUCCCGCUUCCCAUCAUCCCGCCCCAUUUCCCUCCUUUCCGUCACCCCUCCCCAUUCUCCCUCCUUCCAUCACCCAGCCCCAUUCUCCCGCUCUCCAUCACCUCGCCCCAUUCUCCCGCUUUCCAUCACCUCGCCCCAUUCUCACGCUUUCCAUCACCCCGCCCCAUUCACCCGCUUUCCAUCACCCCGCCCCAUUCUCCCGCUUUCCAUCACCCCGCCCCAUUCUCCCGCUUUCCAUCACCCCGCCCCAUUCUCCCGCUUUCCAUCACCCCACCCCACUCCCGCUUUCCAUCACCCCGCCCCAUUCUCCCGCUUUCCAUCACUCCACCCCAUUCUCCCGCUUUCCAUCACCCCACCCCAUUCUCCCGCUUUCCAUCACCCCGCCCCAUUCUCCCUCCUUCCAUCACCCCGCCUCAUUCUCCCUCCUCCCAUCACCCCGCCCCAUUCUCCCGCUUUCCAUCACCCCGCCCCAUUCUCCCGCUUCCCAUCACCCCGCCCCAUUCUCCCGCUUUCCAUCACCCCGCCCCAUUCUCCCGCAUUCCAUCACCCCGCCCCAUUCUCCCGCUUUCCAUAACCCCGCCCCAUUCUACUGCUUUCCAUCACCCCGCCACAUUCUCCCACUUUCCAUCACCCCGCCCCAUUCUCCCUCCUUCCAUCACCCGCCCCAUUCUCCCUCCUUCCAUCACCCCACCCCAUUCUCCCUCCUACCAUCACCCCGCCCCAUUCUCCCGCUUUCCAGCAACAUGCCCCAUUCUCCUGCUUUCCAUCACCAUGCCUCAUUCUCCCGCUUUCCAUCACCCCGCCCCAUACUCCCGCUUUCCAUCACCCCGCCCCAUUCUCCCGCUUUCCAUCACCCCGCCCCAUUCUCCCGCUUUCCAUCACCCCGCCCCAAUCUCCCUCCUUCCAUCACCCCGCCCCAUUCUCCCGCUUUCCAUGACCCCGCCCCAUUCUCCCGCAAUCCAUCACCCCGCCCCAUUCUCCCGCUUUCUAUCACCCUGCCCCAUUCUCCCGCUUUCCAUCACCCCGCCCCAUUCUCCCUCCUUCCAUCACCCCGCUUUAUUUUCCCUCCUUCCAUCACCCCGCACCAUUCUCCCGCCUUCCAUCACCCCGCCCCAUUCUUCCGCUUCCCAUCAUCCCGCCCCGUUCCCCCGCUUUCCAUCACCCCUCUCCAUUCUCCCUCCUUCCAUCACCCCGCUCCAUUCUCCCGCUUUCCAUCACCCGCCCCAUUCUCCUGCUUUCCAUCACCUCACCCCAUUCUCCCGCUUUCCAUCACCCCGCCCCAUUCUUCUGCUUUCCAUCACCCCGCCCCAUUCUCCCGCUUUCCAUCACCCCGCACCAUUCACCCGCUUUCCAUCACCCGCCCCAUCUCCCGCUUUCCAUCACCCCGUCCCAUUCUCCCGCUCUCCAUCACCCCGCCCCAUUCUCCCGCUUUUCAUCACCCCGCCCCAUUCUCCCGCUUUCCAACACCCCUCCCCAUUCUCCCGCUUUCCAUCACCCCGCCCCAUUCUCCCGGUUUCCAUCACCCCGCCCCCUUCUCCCUCCUUCCAUCACCCCGCCCCAUUCUCCCUCCUUCCAUCACCCCGCCCCAUUCUCCCGCUUUCCAUCAGCCCGCCCCAUUCUCCCGCUUUCCAUCACCCCGCCCCAUUCUCCCGCUUUCCAUCUCCCCGCCCCAUUCUCCCGCUUUCCAUCACCCCACCCCAUCCUCCCACCUUCUAUCACCCCGCCUCAUUCUCCCUCCUUCCAUCACCCCGCCCCAUUCUCCCGCUUUCCAUCACCUCGCCCCAUUCUCCCGCUUUCCAUCACCCCGCCCCAUUCCCCUGCUUUCCAUCACCCCGCCCCAUUCUCCUGCUUUCCAUCACCCUGCCCCGUUCUCCCGCUUUCCAUCACCCCGCCCAAUUCUCCCGCUUUCCAUCACACGCCCAUUCUCCCGCUUUCCAUCACCACGCCCCAUUCUCCCGCUUUCCAUUACCGCGCCCCAUUUUCCCGCUUCCCAUCAUCUCGCCCCAUUCUCCCGCUUUCCAUCACCCUGCCCCAUUCUCCCUCCUUCGAUCACCCCACCCCAUUCUCCCUCUUUCCAUCACCUCACCCCAUUCUCCCGCUUUCCAUCACCCCGCCCUAUUCUCCCGCUUUCCAUCACCCCUCCCCAUUCUCCCGCUUUCCAUCACCCCGCCCCAUUCUCCCGCUUUCCAUCACCCCGCACCAUUCUCCCGCUUUCCAUCACCCCACCCCAGUCUCCUGCUUUCCAUCACCCCGCCCCAUUCACCCGCUUUCCAUCACCCCACCCCAUUCUCCCGCUUUCCAUCACUCCGCCCCAUUCUCCCGCUUUCCUUCACCCCUUCCCAUUCUCCCGCUUUCCAUCACCCCGCCCCAUUCUCCCACUUUCUAUCACCCCACCCCAUUCUCCCGCUUUCCAUCACCCCGCCCCAUUCUCCCGCUUUCCAUCACCCCGACCCAUUCUCCCACUUUCCAUCACCCCGCCCAAUUUUCUCGAUUUCCGUCCCCCUGCCCCAUUCUCCCUCUUUCCGUCACCCCGCCCCAUUCUCCUGCUUUCCAUCAUCCCGCCCCAUUCCCCCGCUUUCCAUCACCCCGCCCUAUUCUCCCUCUUUCCAUCACCCCGCCCCAUUCUCCCUCCUUCCAUCACCCCGCUCCAUUCUACCGCUUUCCAUCACCCCGCCACAUUCUUCCACUUUCCAUCACCCCGCCCCAUUCUCCCUCCUUCCAUCACCCCGCCCCAUUCUCUCUCCUUCCAUCACCCCGCCCCAUUCUCCCGCUUUCCAUCAGCCCGCUCCAUUCUCCCGCUUUCCAUCACCCCGCCCCAUUCUCCCGCUUUCCAUCACCCCGCCCCAUUCUCCCGCCCGCCCCAUGCUCCCGCUUUCCAUCACCCCGCCCCAUUCUCCCGCUUUCCAUCUCCCCGCCCCAUUCUCCCGCUUUCCAUAACCCCGCCCCAUUCUCCCGCUUUCCAUCACCCCACCCCAUUCUCCCGCUUCCCAUCAUCCCGCCCCAUUUCCCUCCUUUCCGUCACCCCUCCCCAUUCUCCCUCCUUCCAUCACCCAGCCCCAUUCUCCCGCUCUCCAUCACCUCGCCCCAUUCUCCCGCUUUCCAUCACCUCACCCCAUUCUCACGCUUUCCAUCACCCCGCCCCAUUCACCCGCUUUCCAUCACCCCGCCCCAUUCUCCCGCUUUCCAUCACCCCGCCCCAUUCUCCCGCUUUCCAUAACCCCGCCCCAUUCUCCCGCUUUCCAUCACCCCACCCCACUCCCGCUUUCCAUCACCCCGCCCCAUUCUCCCGCUUUCCAUCACCCCGCCCCAUUCUCCCGCUUUCCAUCACUCCACCCCAUUCUCCCGCUUUCCAUCACCCCGCCCCAUUCUCCCGCUUUCCAUCACCCCGCCCCAUUCUCCCUCCUUCCAUUACCCCGCCUCAUUCUCCCUCCUUCCAUCACCCCGCCCCAUUCUCCCGCUUUCCAUCACCCCGCCCCAUUCUCCCGCUUCCCAUCACCCCGCCCCAUUCUCCCGCUUCCCAUCUCCCCGCCCCAUUUUCCCACUUUACAUCACCCCGCCCCCUUCUCUCUCCUUCCAUCACCCCCCCCCAUUCUCCCUCCUUCCAUCGCCCCGCCCCAUUCUCCCGCUUUCCAUCAGCCCGCCCCAUUCUCCCGCUUUCCAUCACCCCUCCCCUUUCUCCCGCUUUCCAUCUCCCCGCCCCAUUCUCCCGCUUUCCAUCACCCCACCCCAUUCUCCGGCUUUCCAUCACCCCGCCCCAUUCUUCCGCUUCCCAUCAUCCCGCCCCAUUCCCCCGCUUUCCAUCACCCCUCCCCAUUCUCCCUCCUUCCAUCACCCCGCCCCAUUCUCUCCCUUUCCAUCACCCCGCCCGAUUCUCCCGCUUUCCAUCACCCCGCCCCAUUCUCCCGCUUUCCAUCACCCCGCCCCAUUCUCCCUCCUUCCAUCACCCCACCCCAUUCUCCCGCUUUCCAUCACCCCGCCCCAUUCUCCCUCCUUCCAUCACCCCGCCCCAUUCUCCCUCAUUCCAUCACCCUGCCCCAUUUUCCCACUUUCCAUCACCCCGCCCCCUUCUCUCUCCUUCCAUCACCCAGCCCCAUUCUCCCUCCUUCCAUCACCCCGCCCCAUUCUCCCUCAUUCCAUCACCCCGCCCCAUUCUCCCACUUUCCAUCACCCCGCCCCAUUCUUCCGCUUCCCAUAACCCCACCCCAUUCUCCCGCUUUCCAUCACCCCGCCACAUUUUCCCACUUUCCAUCACCCCGCCCCCUUCUCUCUCCUUCCAUCACCCGCCCCAUUCUCCCUCCAUCCAUCACCCCGCCCCAUUCUCCCGCUUUCCAUCACCCCGCCCCAUUCUCCCGCUUUCCAUCACCCCGCCCCUUUCUCCCGCUUUCCAUCUCCCCGCCCCACUCUCCCGCUUUCCAUCACCCCGCCCCAUUCUCCCGCUUUCCAUCACCCCGCCCCAUUCUUCCGCUUCCCAUCAUCCCGCCCCAUUCCACCGCUUUCCAUCACCACUCCCCAUUCUCCCUCCUUCCAUCACCCCGCCCCAUUCUUCCGCUUUCCAUCACCCGCCCAAUUCUCCCGCUUUCCAUCACCUCGCCCCAUUCUCCCGCUUUCCAUCACCCCGCCCCAUUCUUCUGCUUUCCAUCACCCCGCCCCAUUCUUCCGCUUUCCAUCACCCCGCCCCAUUCUCCCUCCUUCCAUCACCCCGCCCCAUUCUCCCUCCUUCCAUCACCCCGCCCCAUUCUCCCGCUUUCCAUCACCCCGCCACAUUCUCCCGCUUUCUAUCACCCUGCCCCAUUCUCCCUCUUUCUAUCACCCCGCCCCAUUCCCCCGCUUUCCAUCACCCCUCCCCAUUCUCCCUCCUUCCAUCACCCUGCCCCAUUCUCUCGCUUUCCAUCACCCCGCCCCAUUCUCCCUCCUUCCAUCACCCCGCCCCAUUCUCCCGCUUUCCAUCACUCCGCCCCAUUCUCCCUCCUUCCAUCACCCCCCCCCCCCAUUCUCCCUCCUUCGAUCACCCCGCCCCAUUCUCCCGCUUUCCAUCACCCCGCCCCAAUCUCCUGCUUCCCAUAACCCCACCCCAUUCUCCCGCUUUCCAUCACCCCGCCACAUUCUCCCACUUUCCACCACCCCGCCCCCUUCUCUCUCCUUCCAUCACCCCGCCCCAUUCUCCCUCCUUCUAUCACCCCGCCCCAUUCUUCCGCUUCCCAUCAUCUCGCCCCAUUCCCCCGCUUUCCAUCACCCCUCCCCAUUCUCCCUCCUUCCAUCACCCCGCCCUAUUCUCUCGCUUUCCAUCACCCCGCCCCAUUCUCCCGCUUUCCAUCAUACCGCCCCAUUCUCCCGCUUUCCAUCACCCCGCCCCAUUCUCCCUCCUUCCAUCACCCCGCCCCAUUCUCCCGCUUUCCAUCACCCCGCCCCAUUCUCCCUCCUUCCAUCACCCCGCCCCAUUCUCCCGCUUUCCAUCACCCCGCCCCAUUCUCCCGCUUCCCAUAACCCCACCCCAUUCUCCCGCUUUCCAUCACCCCGCCACAUUUUCCCACUUUCCAUCACCCCGCCCCCUUCUCUCUCCUUCCAUCACCCCGCCCCAUUCUCCCUCCUUCCAUCACCCCGCCCCAUUCUCCUGCUUUCCAUCUGCCUGCCCCAUUCUCCCACUUUCCAUCACCCCGCCCCUUUCUCCCGCUUUCCAUCUCCCCGCCCCAUUCUCCCGCUUUCCAUCAACCCGCCCCAUUCUCCCGCUUUCCAUCACCCCGCCCCAUUCUUCCGCUUUCCAUCACCCGCCCCAUUCUCCCGCUUUCCAUCACCCCGCCCCAUUCUCCCGCUUUCCAUCACCCCGCCCCUUUCUUUUGCUUUCCAUCACCCCGCCCCAUUCUCCCGCUUUCCAUCACCCUGCCCCAUUCACCCGCUUUCCAUCACCCGCCCCAUUCUCCCGCUUUCCAUCACCCCGCCCCACUCUCCCGCUUUCCAUCACCCCGCCCCAUUCUCCCGCCUUCCAUCACCCCGCCCCAUUCUCCCUCUUUCCAUCACCCCGCCCCAUUCUCCCGCUUUCCAUCACCCCGCCCCAUUCUCCCGCUUUCCAUCACCCAGCCCCAUUCUCCCGCUUUCCAUCACCCCGCCCCAUUCUCCCGCUUUCCAUCACCCUGCCCCAAUCUCCCGCUUUCCAUCACCCCGCCCCAUUCUCCCGCUUUCCAUCACCCUGCCCCAUUCUCCCGCUUUCCAUCACCCCACUCCAUUCUCCCGCUUUCCAUCACCCAGCCCCAUUCUCCCGCUUUCCAUCACCCCGCCCCAUUCUCCCGCUUUCCAUCACCCCACCCCAUUGUCCCUCCUUCCAUCACCCCCCUGCCCCAUUCUCCCACUUUCCAUCACCCCGCCCCUUUCUCCCGCUUUCCAUCUCCCCGCCCCAUUCUCCUGCUUUUCAUCACCCCGCCCCAUUCUCCCGCUUUCUGUCACCCCGCCCCAUUCUUCCGCUUCCCAUCAUCCCGCCCCAUUCCACCGCUUUCCAUCACCCCUCCCCAUUCUCCCUCCUUCCAUCACCCCGCCUCAUUCUUCCGCUUUCCAUCACCCGCCCCAUUCUCCCGCUUUCCAUCACCCCGCCCCAUUCUUUUGCUUUCCAUCACCCCGCCCCAUUCUCCCGCUUUCCAUCACCCUGCCCCAUUCACCCGCUUUCCAUCACCCGCCCCAUUCUCCCGCUUUCCAUCACCCCGCCCCACUCUCCCGCUUUCCAUCACCCCGCCCCAUUCUCCCGCCUUCCAUCACCCCGCCCCAUUCUCCCGCUUUCCAUCACCCCGCCCCAUUCUCCCGCUUUCCAUCACCCCGCCCCAUUCUCCCGCUUUCCAUCACCCAGCCCCAUUCUCCCGCUUUCCAUCACCCCGCCCCAUUCUCCCUCUUUCCAUCCCCCCGCCACAUUCUCCCGCUUUCCAUCACCCCACCCCAUUCUCCCUCCUUCCAUCACCCCGUCCCAUUCUCCCUCCUUCCAUCACCCCGCCCCAUUCUCCCGCUUUCCAUCACCCCGCCCCAUUCUCCCUCCUUCCAUCACCCCGUUCCAUUCUCCCUCCUUCCAUCACCCCGCCCCAUUCUCCCGCUUUCCAUCACCUCGCCCCAUUCUCCCGCUUUCCAUCACCCCGCCACAUUCUCCCGCUUUCUAUCACCCCGCCCCAUUCUCCCUCCUUCCAUCACCCCGCCCCAUUCUCCCGCUUUCCAUCACCCCGCCCCAUUCUCCCGAUUUCCAUCACCCCGCCCCAUUCUCCCGCUUUCCAUCACCCCGCCCCAUUCUCCCGCUUUCCAUCAUCCCGCCCCAUUCUCCCUCCUUCCAUCACCCCGCCCCAUUCUUCCGCUUCCCAUCAUCCCGCCCCAUUCCCCCGCUUUCCAUCACCCCUCCCCAUUCUCCCUCCUUCCAUCACCCCGCCCCAUUCUCUCGCUUUCCAUCACCCCGCCCCAUUCUCCCGCUUUCCAUCACCCCGUCCCAUUCUCCCGCUUUCCAUCACUCCGCCCCAUUAUCCCUCCUUCCAUCACCCCGCCCCAUUCUCCCUCCUUCCAUCACCCCGCCCCAUUCUCCCGCUUUCCAUCAUCCCGCCUCAUUCUCCCGCUUCCCAUAA